CGUUUCAACUCAUCCAGUGUCCGUCAACAUUAGCUAGAUGAGCUAACCAGCCAGCGUAUCCACAAUCACAUAUCUACAGCCUCCCUCUGCUCUUCUCUGCGGCAAGAGGAGACGCUAGUGACUCCGGUAGUAAAGGUUAUCGUUACCUAGCUAGCUAACGUAAGGUUAGCUACACUUUUUUCCAGAGAAAAGAACCUUCUGCUCCGCCUGGUAACGUAAAUGAUAUCUAACGUUAGCUAAUGACUGCACAAAUCGAAUGUUCUCCGCUUCAAAACGAAAGGAAAUAUGCAGUUUUCUAGCAGAAGAAAGAAGUACAACACCAACUCUCAGACAGAGCUCUACCUACAUCCUCUGCAGUUCUAUGGCCAGCCUCCUCUUGAAAACAUCUCUCUCUCUGAGUUUGAGGCAUUUGCUGUGGACAGACUGAAAUUGUUGAAGACAAUUGAGAAUUUGGGAGUGAGCUAUGUGAAACUGUCAGAGCAGUACAAAAAGAAACUGGAGUCUGAGUCUAAAGCCCUGAACUUUCUUUACAGACCAGAUGCUGAUGACCGAAAAUCUAGUGGACCAACUGAAUACGAGAAACGAAGAAAGGACCAUAUCUCCCACUUCAUUCUCAGACUCGCCUACUGCCAAACGGAGGAUCUGAGACGGUGGUUUAUACAACAGGAAGUUGAUCUUUUCCGAUACCGCUUCAAUGAGCUGCAUCCAAAACAAAAGCUUGAAUUUCUUCACAGAAAUAAUCUGCAAUAUGACACUAUCAGUGUCGAGGAGAAGAAGGCUCUGCAGGAUAAACUUGUCAACUCCAGUUACGCCGUCAGUGGAAUCACUGUGGAGGAUCAGGACUUCUACAAAGUUCCAUUUCAAGAUGCCCUGGAUCUAGUGCGAACAAGGAAAGUGUACCUCAAAGCAGGCUACGUAUUCAUCCCUCACCAGGACAUUGUCACCAUUGUUCUCAACGAUUUCCGCACAAGGCUAUCUAAAGCUCUCGCAUUGACAGCCCGCUCACUACCAGCAGUGCAUUCUGAUGAACGGCUCCAACCGCUCCUUAACCACCUCAGUCAUGCCUAUGUGGGACAGGAUUACAGCAUCCAGAAGAAUGUUGGAAAAAUCUCCCUGGAACAAAUUGAUUCACUUUCAGGGAAGUCAUUCCCACUCUGCAUGAGGCAGCUCCACCAGUCCCUCAGAGAGAACCACCAUCUCCGCCAUGGUGGUCGCAUGCAGUACGGCCUGUUCCUCAAAGGCAUCGGCCUCUCUCUGGAGCAAGCACUGCAGUUCUGGAGGUCUGAGUUCAUAAGAGGCAAAGUGGAUGCAGACAAGUUUGACAAAGCAUAUGCCUACAGCGUCCGCCACAUGUUUGGCAAAGAAGGCAAGCGAACAGACUACACCCCCUACAGUUGCAUGAAGGUGAUUUUAUCAAACCCACCCAGCCAAGGCGACCAUCAUGGAUGUCCUUUCCGUCACAGUGAGUCAGAGCUGUUGAAGCAGAAGCUUCAGUUCUACAAGGUGUCUCCCAGUGGGAUCAGUCAGAUCCUGGAGCUGGUUAAAGGGAUGCACUAUCAGCUGGCGUGCCAGAAGUACUUUGAGCUGACACACAAUAUCGAGGAUGCCAAUUUCUCGCUCAAUCACCCCAACCAGUACUUUAUAGAGAGCCAGAAAGUUUUGGGGGGAGGCAAGGACAUGAAGCGAGAGAUGGACAUCCCACAGAAGUCGCAAGAAAACUCUGCCACCAAAGGACCCAGCACAGCUCCAGAGGCAGCAGCUAACGCGCCCGAGGAACUGGCCGAGAUGACUGAGGAACUAGACUCUUUCUUUCAAGAUGCCUGAUUUUUUUUAUCUAAAUAUACGGAGGUUGGGGGUGGUAUAUAUUCUAACUUGAAUAGAGUAUUUUAAAAGUCCCUGUACAUGACGUUAAGAAUUCAAGUUGCAUAUCAGUAAUUUCUCCACAACUUGUUAGUCUGUUCUCAACAGAGCAGACUUUUAGUUAGCUACGACUGGACAUUAUUCAAACUUCAACAUCAGACCAAAGCAGAGUUUUCUACCUUAAAAUUCUUUAUGUUAGUGACACGCUGUCAUUAAUUUAACUGUUUAGGUCAAGUGUCAGAGUAGUCGGUUAUUCUUUCCUUGUUUUCACUCUGGGCACUGAAACUGGCUUUUCUGAGUUCAGACCAGUGUUUUGGCAGGGACGUGGUUGUGGGGGUGAUGACUAGAACAUUUCCCAGCUGUCUCAGAAACAAUGUCAUUGUAUUUGCUGGCAGGAGUGUGGAUGAAUGGUGGCAGGGGGAUGGAUGAAAAUAAACAAUUUUCACAGUUGUAUUAUGCUGCCUUGGAAUAUUGCCUCAUAGUGCACAAUGCAAUUUAUUCAAAGCAUACGUGGUCAGGAGAUAUUUCCUCUUUUCUCGAACUUCUUUCUGCAAUAAUUUGUGAAAGGUGGUUGCUAUCUGAGAGUCGGGAACCUUUUCACUGGUGUGGCAUCACAGGCUGCUCCUCUGAUCACAGUUCUUUGAGGUACUGUCCAGUUGUGUGCUCUUAUCUCUACUCUUUCUAUAAGAUUACUAACUUUAGAUCCAAUUGGAGGCACUGAACAGGCAUCCCUGAAUUACAUGAAUACAGAUGUGUUUUCCAGGAGGCCAAGGGAAAUAUUGAAUGUAUGAAUGAAAUGCCCUUUCUGUAAUUUAAUGAUUGUGAAUUUUAAAUCAAAUUUUAUCUCCCCAAGGGUGUCAAAAGUUUAAAAAAAAAAAAAAAAAAAAAUCAUCGGACUUGUCAUUUGCUCUGCAGGCUUUUCUGUUUGAAGUCUUUUUGACACUCACCCCACAGUUCAUCACUGUCUCAUGCUUGUAACGUCAGAGCAGAAACACGGCCUGCACCAGAGCUGCACGUAGCUGGAAUUAAAUUAGGUCUUAAAAUCCAAGCAUGGUGCUCGACACAGAGAGGAUUUAUCCAGUAUAAUAAGGCAACUGGAUAACCGUGCGCAGCCGGGCGGCUGUCAGCAAGACAUCCUUGAUGUUUAAUAUAUAAUUGUGCAUGACUAUGUUUGACAAAGCUGGCACUUUCUUAGACUGUGGGCAGGCAGUUGACUAUGACGGUGUUUAUCUCCUCCGAAUGGAUUUACGAUCAUUAGUCAUGAACUUGCUUGCUUUCAUCAUGCUUUCUUCCCGUGCUAAUUACAUGGGCGAGAUAGGUGUUCUGGGGAUGGUGCAUUAUAGGAAAGGGCAAGAAAUGUAUUCCAAGACCAAACCGCAACAUUUGUUCCAUGAGCUUCAUAUGGAAGCUGACAUACAGGGUGAGUCUGUAUUCAGGGAUGUGCUGUGUAGCUGGAGGGAAGCUUUGUAAAUGUGUUGCAAUCUGGAGCUAGUAAAUGCUGCAAGCAUAACAUCAAGUUCAUUUGCAUUGCAUCCAAAAACGGGUAAUAUCAAUUCCAAUAUAAAAAAACAUUGAAUACUCAA